CGACAGAAGAGCCCUCUGGCCAACCAUCCAAUACUAACGAUUUCGUAUGGACAAUUCGUGUAUGUGUGCAUAUAUAUGUGUACUCACUCUCACACAUACAGACGCACAUUGAGGUCUGCGCAUUUUGACAACGUUAUUUUUUUUCAGUUGUAAAAAUUUGUAAGUUCUCGCCCCGUUCCGGGGUGCAUAAAUAAUAAUCAAAAACGUGAGAGGCAGUGUCGAUCGCAGCAGCAGCCGGCACAGCGCGUCCCCGCAUGCUCACAUUUCAUGUACCUCUGAUUUCAGUGCAGUGAAAGAAAGGAAGGAAGGAAGUUCGAAGUGUAUUUUGCCUUCUUGCGAGCGGAGCGAAGCGGUUAUAAUUGUAUUUCGUUUUCCCCCCUGAUACACGCACUUGAAGUUACAAGCAGACGGAACGAUAAUGGCAGCCAGCGAUUCCGCAGGCGACGACUCGUUAUAUCCAAUCGCCGUCCUCAUCGACGAGCUCAAAAACGAAGAUGUUCAGCUGAGGUUGAAUUCUAUUAAGAAGCUAUCCACGAUAGCUUUGGCACUGGGCGUUGAGCGCACCAGAGCCGAGCUGAUUCCGUUUCUGACGGAAACCAUAUACGACGAGGAUGAGGUUCUUCUGGCGCUGGCCGAGCAGCUCGGUAAUUUCAUAUCGUUGGUAGGUGGACCCGAGCACGCCUACUGGUUGCUCAGACCCCUGGAGAGUUUGGCCACAGUCGAGGAGACCGUCGUCAGGGACAAGGCUGUAGAGUCCCUAAGGGCCGUAGCUGCACAGCACAACCCCGGUGAUCUCGAAGCUCAUUUCGUUCCCCUCGUCUUCCGUCUGGCCUCAGGAGAUUGGUUCACCUCGAGAACGUCCGCAUCCGGAUUGUUCGCGGUUUGUUAUCCACGAUCACAACCGGCUAUCAAGACUGAACUGCUGACGCACUUCAGGUCUUUGUGCCAGGAUGAUACUCCGAUGGUGCGUCGCGCUGCUGCCUCAAAGCUCGGCGAGCUAGCACAGGUUGUUGAGCUUCAGUACCUGAAAUCUGAUCUGAUACCGAUGUUCGUCAACUUGGCCCAGGACGAGCAGGACUCCGUCAGGCUGCUGGCCGUCGAGGCUUGUGUAAGCAUCGCCUCGCUUUUAUCUCAGGAGGACGUGGAACAAUUGGUGAUGCACACCCUGAAGCAGUGCACCGGAGACACCUCGUGGAGGGUGCGCUUCAUGGUUGCGGAUAGAUUCACGGAGCUGCAGAAGGCCGUCGGGGUUGAGAUAACCAGGAACGAUCUGGUGCCGGCGUUCCAGAGUUUGCUUAAGGAUAGCGAGGCUGAGGUGCGCGCCGCUGCCGCCAACAAAGUUAAAGACUUCUGCCAGAACCUCGAUAAGCAGCAUCAGGAGAGCAUAAUCAUGACGAACAUUCUGCCAUGCGUUAAAGAUCUGGUCGCCGAUCCGCAUCAGCACGUGAAAUCAUCUCUGGCCUCGGUCAUCAUGGGUCUCAGCCCGAUCCUCGGUCGUCACAAUACCAUUGAACAUUUGCUGCCUCUGUUCUUAUCGCAGCUGAAGGACGAAUGUCCCGAGGUGCGUCUGAACAUCAUCUCCAAUCUGGACUGCGUAAACGAGGUCAUCGGCAUCCAGCAACUUUCGCAGUCUCUGCUUCCGGCCAUAGUUGAACUCGCUGAAGAUUCCAAGUGGCGCGUCCGCUCCGCCAUCAUCGAAUACAUGCCCCUGCUUGCAGGACAACUGGGGCAAGAGUUCUUCGAUGAGAAGUUGAAUUCGCUCUGCAUGACGUGGCUUAUGGAUCAUGUCUUUGCCAUCCGGGAGGCCGCUACUCUGAACCUACGGAAGCUCGUCGACCAGUUCGGCGCCGAAUGGGCCGAGAACACUAUCAUCCCUAAGGUGUUGGCCAUGUCCAGGGACCAGAACUACCUGUACCGCAUGACCUGUCUGUUCUGCAUCAACGUUCUGGCGGAGGCGUGUGGUAGCGACAUCACCACCAGGCUCCUCCUGCCCACAGUCCUCAGCAUGGCGAACGAUAAAGUCGCCAACGUCCGGUUCAAUGUGGCCAAGACGCUGCAGAAAAUUGCCCCGCAACUUGACCAGGCUGUCAUCCAACCCCAGGUCAAACCAGUUCUGGACAAGCUGAACGCUGAUCUGGAUAUCGAUGUUAAAUAUUCAGCAUCCGAAGCUAUUGCUGGCAUUGCAGGUUGAGGAUUCAUAUUGCAUUUGUACACACACACAACCAACAACAACAAUAAUAA